GGUGCUCCGUCUCCCCAUGCUGCACUCCGGCUCUCCGCUUCCACGGGAGCCUCAACUCGCACCUCUCCAACAAAGAGAGUAGUGUUUGUUGAGACUUUCCCACAGCCAAUCGCUGCGUCGUUGCCCUUAGUAACCACGUCCAUCAUCCUUGGACGUCCAAUGAGCGGCGGGGGCGUGGCGGAGUCCAGGUGCGCCUCGGCGUCCACUUGGCAGAGCGCCUGAGAGCCGCCUGUGGGCAGGAGAGGAUCUGUCAAAUGCGAGGUUCCUUUAAUAAGAGCGACCAGUCCGGCUCCGAGAGUCAUGGCGACCGCAGCGUCUAACCACUACAGCAUCCUCACCUCCAGCGCAUCCAUCGUGCACUCGGAGCCCGGCAGCAUGCAGCAAGCCACGGCGUACCGGGACGCGCAGAGCCUGUUGCAGAGCGACUACCCGCUGCAGAGCAACAGCCACACGCUCAGCCACGCACAUCAGUGGAUCACGGCGCUGUCCCACGGAGACACAGCCCCGUGGUCCUCCAGCCCGCUCGGCGCGGAGCAGGACAUCAAACCCGCGGUACAGAGCGCCCGGGACGAGAUGCACAACUCCAGCAGCAACCUGCAACACCAGUCCCGGCCGCCACACCUGGUGCACCAGACGCACGGGAACCACCACGACGCCCGGGCGUGGAGAACCACCACCGCGGCGCACAUACCGAGCAUGGCCACGACGAACGGCCAAAGCCUUAUUUACUCCCAGCCGGGCUUCAGCGUCAACGGGCUGAUCCCAGGCAGCGCGCAGGGGAUGCACCACCACAACCUAAGAGACAGUCAUGACGAGCACCACAGCCCGCACCUCAGCGAUCACGGCCACCCUCCGUCCCAGCAUCAGCACCAGCACCGGUCGCAGAGCCACCACGACCACUCGGACGAGGAUACGCCGACCUCGGACGACUUGGAACAGUUUGCCAAGCAGUUCAAACAGCGGAGGAUCAAACUGGGCUUCACGCAAGCGGACGUGGGACUCGCCCUGGGGACCCUGUACGGAAAUGUGUUUUCCCAAACCACCAUAUGCAGGUUUGAGGCCCUGCAGCUCAGCUUCAAAAACAUGUGCAAGCUGAAGCCUCUGUUGAACAAGUGGUUGGAGGAGGCGGACUCCACCUCGGGCAGCCCGACCAGCCUGGACAAAAUCGCGGCGCAGGGCAGGAAAAGGAAAAAACGGACUUCAAUCGAGGUAAGCGUAAAGGGAGCUUUGGAGAGCCAUUUUUUGAAGUCCCCUAAACCGGCAGCUUCGGAAAUAAUCGGCCUGGCGGACAGUCUGCACCUGGAGAAAGAAGUGGUGAGGGUUUGGUUUUGUAACAGGAGACAGAAGGAGAAACGCAUGACCCCUCCCGGAGGAGCUCUGCCGGGGAGCGAGGAUGUGUACGGGGACACGCCGCCACACCACGGGGUCCAGACCCCGGUCCAAUGAACUCUGCUGGACCGCUCCUCCAGGACAUGUUUAUCCUUUUUAUUUAUCCCCAAGGUUAUAUAUAAAUCACUGAACUAUGAGACACUAUAGUGGGUGUUUUAUGUAUAAUACAUUGCAGUGACAAUAUCUGCUGUGAAUAUCUGAGAAAUGGAAAAUAAGUGAGGGGAGGACAGGACAUUUUUUUCCUCUCCCAGAGCUAAAGGAACAUAAGCCUGUGUUGUGUUCUCCGAGGAUAAAUGCCCAGCACUGUGACUCCAGUCGACGCAGUUUCAAGGUGUAGCCCCUAUUGUGUAUUGAAAUUAUACUUGACGAAAAAAAAGAGGGAGGGGAGGAGGGAUACCUGGUUUUAGACGAAAAGCAUAGCUGAAUGGUUUCCAUUCACCACUUUUAUAUAACAAAUCACACAACAACACAUUUUUUUCCUGUGCGUAAAAGGGAAAGCAAAUACAAAGGCGUUUAGUUUUGUAGCCCCAAAUUGUGCGUCCAGCAGUGAU